UCAAAUCAUUAGUAAGUCGCUGUUGUUGAAAAUAAGUGGUUGUUGAAUUUGUAAAGGAAUUCCAAAAAUUAAAUCUUAUUUGAUUGUACGAUACCCAUAUGUUUUUAAUAACUUAGCCGUAUUAAGUGAUUUUAGUGUUUUUUGAUACAGACCCAAAAUGUCUCAAGGAAAAAUAGUACUGAUGGCUUGUGGCAGUUUCAGUCCUCCAACUUAUAUGCACUUACGUAUGUUUGAAAUAGCCAAGGAUUACAUACAUUCACUAAGCUUAGGCACAAUAGUUGGAGGUAUUGUGUCUCCUGUACAUGAUGCGUAUGGCAAGAAGGACCUUGUCGCUGCCAGUCAUAGGGUUGCCAUGUUAAAAUUAGCGUUGCGAUCGUCAGCAUGGGUCAAGGUGUCGGAGUGGGAGACGCAACAAGCGGGAUGGACGAGAACUAGGGCUUCUAUGCAGCAUCAUCAAGAUAUAUUAAACAACCACGCGCACCUAACAGAUCCGCCAUCUUGGUUGCCGGAUGACAUAUUAAACGUCAACAACAUUGACGACUACAACUCGAACCAGUUAAAUGGCAACACUGAUAAUGUCACUGUCAAGCUAUUGUGUGGCGCUGAUCUAUUGGAAUCCUUUGCUACGCCCGGCUUGUGGUCGGAUGAAGAUUUGGAAACAAUAUUGGGACAACACGGAAUUGUAGUCGUAUCAAGAGCGGGUAGCGAUCCGGGCAGGUUCAUAUAUGAAUCGGAUAUGCUUUAUAAAUAUAGGAGAAACGUAAUCCUCGUAACGAACUAUAUAGUGAACGAAGUGAGCUCGACGGUGCUCAGGCGGCUCGUGCGUCGUGGGGAGAGCGCCAAGUACCUGACCGAUGACGCGGUGCUCGCUUAUAUACGGCAGCACCGGUUGUACGGGGCCACGGCGGGUGUUACUGAGUAUAACACAGACAUAGCAUACGAUAGAUCACCGCAGGACGUCAUCAUGAAAUCACCCGAAGUGACCAGCUUCAAGAACAUACUCAUAUCCAUACGCGACAAACCAUCGAUAAUAGACGAAACCGUGACCAUAAAACGCGCUAAAAAGUCCAUAUUAGCGCACACAGAUACAGUGACGCCCAUGGACAAUCUGAAACCCAAGAUGGCGUACAUAGACAAGGUGUCGCCGAGCUACGUGCCUGGGAAGGCUGUCAAAAUCGUCAGUGACGUCACACAGCACACGUUCGAUAAGGGAGGCGGCUGUCCGUUGUAGCUGACGUGCUGCGCGACUUGCGACCAUAAAUCGCCGUACGCGCAAAUAUAAAUAAUAAUUCAAUGCAAAUUGUAGGGUAGUUGGAUAUUUGAAAGAUAAAUUUUGACGGUAGAUGUUUUUGAAAGACGGUAGUUGAAAGUAUUGGUUUGAAACCAUUGUAUUGUAAAUUUGUAAGAUAGCAUUCUAGAGAACAUUGUGAAAUUGUUUACGGAUUUGAUAUUGAAUCUACCGUCAAAACAAUAUAAAAAUCUAGUUUUACGAUACUUUGCUAAACUGUUUCGUUUUUGCAAGCGAUAAAAAAAUCAAAUCUACCGUCCAAUGGUAGCAAUGUUAAUGCAACAAAUUGCAGAACCUAAUUACUUUAUAAUUGUGUUUAUAUGCGUGUGGUAGUGUGAAACAUGGGCUGGCUCACUUAAAUAUAUAAAUGAAAAAAGACGUGUGGCACUCGGGGACUGCCGCGGUAAAGCUAUUGCAUAGCAUGCUUUCAAGCCACACCUCCGUGCCCGUCGGAGUGGGGAGCGUGAGGUUUUUCGUUACGGAAUUUCUGGAUUCUGUCCCCGCGCUCAAGGCCCGCGAUAGAAGCUAUGCAAUAGCUUAAAAAAAAGUAGUAUAAUAAGUGUAAACAUCAUAUGAGCGCACCUUUAUUAACAAGAAUGAAAUAGCACGUUGAUCGUGAUGAAAGAAAGAGACAAAGUUUAAUUUGUUAAGUUUAGUUUGAAGGUGAGAAAUUUAAAUGUCUGUUUUAUAUCUUAAAGGGGGAAAUAUGUAAUACAUUUUUAUUCGUGUUACAAGUUUCGUUGAUAAUCGUUU